AUAGACAGAUUCACAGAUUCAGAAACAACACAAGUAGUUCAGUGUCGUUUGCAAUUUCUUGAUCUAAUUCGCGAUAAUUAAUCGGGGAACGAACGUGUGGACACUGCAUGAUAUGAACAAAUUUGAGAAGAAAAUACUUUACUAUCGUGGUGGAAACUUUAGUUAAAAAUAUGCUUCUAAUAUUUUUUGCUCAUUCUCCAAAAUAUGCAAUGGUUUGGUGCGGCAUGGAGAUUUUGAAGGAAACAUUCAAUUAAAGCUUCUUUUAUUAAAACAAAGGAUUCUGCCGAAAUGCUUUUGACUCUCUUUUACAUGGUCGCAACAUGGAUUCAAGCAUGGAGAUUAUCAUCUCUGAAAACUCGUCUAAGUUUUGCACUCCAAGGAGCAGAAUCAACGAGACCUUCGAUAAUGUUUUACACAGCGGUUGCCGUUCGUUCAAAAGAAGAAUUAAAUGCAAGCAAAACUAAAACGCAGAAUGCAAAUUCAGCCAAUGAUGAUCUCUUGAGUUCUUGGUUUUGCAAUAAUAAAGAUGCUGCAAAACUGGGAGAUCUUCUUUGGUAUCAAGGUGACCGAAGAUUAUGCACCGUUUAUCCACAACAAACGAUAGACGUAAACAAUUGGUUGCUUUAUGCAACAGGAAAAACAAUAUUUCCCCUUAUUUCUAACAAUUAUGGACAAACUUCGUUAUUGCAAGAUACCAAAAUGCACGUUCUUGUAGAAGCAGAUUUGGAAACUUACAACCCUCUUGGUUCUUCCAAAGCGACAAAGCUUGAGGAUUAUGGAAAUAUCGUUACCUGGACAUCUGAUAAAACUUUUGGCGUAAUUCUAGAAACCGAUCUAGAUCACAUCACUAAGUUCUCAAUCGCUUUGAUGCAUGGACAAUGUUUCAUUAACAAUGGACUUCUUGUUUCUCGUGUAGAAUCUGUUUCAGUCUCUGGAAAACCUUGUGUUUCCAACUGCGAGCAUUAUAACUUCCUGGACUAUAAAAAGAUGAUAGGCGAAGCACAAUGGGACGCAUACAUAAAAAAACUAAGAGCAUUUAGCCACACUGCUAGGAUAGUUUCGCAGCAAGGCUUAGCUUCAGAAGUCAAAGAUGCUCCAGGCGCUGUCAUAACGCCGGGAAGUGUUCCGAUUAGUUUAAAGACGCCCACAAUCCUGCAAAUAACUAUAUCAGAAGAAGAUAGAAGAGACCCUCCAUCAGAGUUUUCGGGCCCCUCGACACCACCCCCGACCCCAGCUUCCGUAAUAAACGGAACCACUUCUAUAUUAUCUCAGGCCUUGACGUAUUCAGUGGACCUGACUCCAUCAGCAUCUCUAGAUUUUUCAGCAAUGUCGUGUUCCAAUACUAGCUUGACUAGAUCCCAGGACUUCGAUUUAAAGGAGAGUCCUGUUAGACAAUUCAAGGGUCCUUAUGAUCCGGAGGAUCAGAAAUCCUUCAAAUCCCUCAAUGCAAGUCACGAAGAACUCGACUCUGCAUCAACAGUAGGAUCGUCUAGAAACAUUCCAUCCAGUAUCGCUAGCACUCCAGCCAAAAAGACUGAAAAUGGUUCCCAAACGAAACCUCCAAGUGUUUUGAUAUAUGGCGACAGUUCUGUGGCAGUAGAUAGUAUCAGAAAUGUUCUGGACACAACUUUGAAAGAAGACAAGUAUUCGAUAUAUACCUUGUCUAAAGAAGAAGCUCAAAGCGACAUGUGGAUGGACCAUGCAUGUCUGGUAGUCGUCUGUGGGCAAAUUGAAAAAGAAAUUGCUCUCCAGCUGGUUGAGUACAUGGUUCGAGGAGGAAAACUUCUCGCACUUUGUUCCAAUUUAUUACACAUUUUGCUUCCCACUUUCAAAACUGCUGAAGUUCGUGAAAACGAACUAGUCCGUUUUUCCUACGGAAAAUGGAAACAGGUUCGCAUGAUGCACUACAUUUUCUGCUAUCAAGCCUCUCCAGUGAAGACGAAAUUCUCCCAGGAUCAUGACGAGUCAAAAUCUGCAAACCCUCAAACUCCAGUUUCAGCAAAAAUCCCGGACAAAUUUGGAGAAUUGCACACUCUAAAUGUAAAGGUCUUGGGUGCUGAAGAAACUUGGCACACGCCAAGUAUUUUACUCGCUGACUUCUCAAAAAGUGGAGGCAAAGUUGUCUUUUCUCAAAUCCAUUUGGAGGCCGAUCCAUCGCAAUAUGAAUUCGAGGAGGGCAAAUUUAAAGCUCUGAAAGAAAGCAACACAGCGAGACUGGAAAUAUUCAGGGAUCUUCUGAGUUCACAUCUGGACAUUAAAGUCACAUCACAGCUUCGUCCACCACCGGUUUACAGUCCGGGAUUUUUUCUGGGGAGACAUGAGUUGAAAUUAGAAAUGCUGAAGAACUUGCAAGAUAAAAUGCAACCCAACGACAUUCUGAAAAGUGGGAAAAUGGAAAUUCAGUUCUGUCGCAUAAACACAAAAGCCAGAUCAGCAUCCUCCUCUUUUCUACCAGUCAUGGUGCAUCGGUGCCCUGAAAACUUUUCCACCGUAGAGUACUUCGAGAAUCUGAGUGCGGAAGAAGUGGGGCGUUUGGUAAUUUACUCGGAUGUUAUGUCGUCUUCGAUGGAUGUUGUAGCAAAUUGUCAAUUGCAUCAUGGGUUGGCUGUGAUUCCGUGUCGACAAACAAGAGGCCAAGGGCGUGGAAGGAAUGAGUGGCUGAGUCCAAAAGGCUGCGCAAUGUUUACUUUGCAACUUCAUAUUCCCUUAGAUUCCGUUCUAGGGAAACGAAUUUCGCUUUUGCAGCACUUGAUCGCUGUGGCCGUUGUUUCUGCAGUAAAAUCAAUACCUGGUUAUGAGGCUAUUGAUCUUAGAGUUAAGUGGCCUAAUGAUAUCUACUCGAGUGAUGAAUCUAAAAUAGGAGGACUAAUAAUUACAACUCUCGUGGAACAGUCCAUGGCAAUUUGUAACAUAGGUACUGGAGUGAAUCUUUCGAACAAUUCUCCCACCGUGUGUAUCAAUGAAUUGAUUUCUCGUUAUAAUAAAAAUAAAGGCACCGCUUUAAACCAAUUAUCCUACGAGCAAUUUUUGGCUCUCGUAUUUAGCGAGAUUGAACGUAUUCUCACAAUUGUACAAAAUGAUAAUAUUGAAUAUUUGUACGAAAUUUAUUACAAAUAUUGGCUACACACCAAUGCGGAAAUAACAGUUGUCUCCGAAACUGGAACCUCCCAAGAAGCGAAAGUGAUUGGCAUCGACACGUUCGGUUUUCUAGAAGUCCAGGGGAAAGACGGUAAAACAUUUACGGUCCAUCCAGACGGAAACAGUUUCGAUAUUUUGAAAGGAUUAAUAACUCCAAAGCACUAAAAUCAUUCCUAGUAAAAUCAUGAUAGAAGAUAGAUUAUGAUAGAAGAUGUAGAAUCAUGAAGAAUAGCACAUAACAGCUUAAAGAUCAAACAAUGUUCACACGACCGUUUUCAUUUUCAUAUAAUAAUUGAUUUUAGCUGGAAAUGAAAAACUCUUUUUCAAACAUUGAUGAUCUUUGUAGUAAGUAGAAAACUAGUCUUUCAAAUUUAUACUGCUUAUAAUUUGUAUAGCGAAAUUAGCUUCUUUUCUAAAUUAAAGUAAUCUCUUUUGGCUUAAAAUCUUUUUAAGCAAGAAGUGAUCUGAAAAGUUAUUCGUUUUUGAAGAAUCGUCUGCAUUUCUAUUGAUAGUUUCUUAGGUGUUUUUUAAAAAAAUCUGACUGAAUUGAUAUUCGUCUAUGUUGAAUUUUCCGGUCAAUUUGUAAAAAUAAUUCUAGGUGUAUAUUUUGUAUCACUGAACUGUCUACAAAUUCGACUAUACACUGCAAAAAUCUAUAAAAUAAUCUAUUAAAAUCAGUAAAUAAAAAAAUGCAAGCUUUUAUAGACUUUCGCAGUGCGUUUAUCCAAGAUUAUCUCGUAAGAUUCGAUCUCAUUUUCAGAAAAUGCAAGCCACAUAAUAUUUCUGUGUGCUACGAUAAAAUGUCUUCAAACUUUAAAUACUGC